AUGUUCCCAUGGUCAGUGGUGUUUUCUCUGGAGCCGAAGGUUCCCGGUCAGCGCACUCCAGAAGAGCUGGUGACCAACACUCUGAUGCUUGAGCUGGGGGCAAUGGUGAAGCGGACCGAGCGCAUUCAGCUGGAGAAAGCAGCCGAGAACCGCAGACGCCGCAACUCUUCCUCCGCAGACUACAGCUGGCUGGCGGGACCACAGCCACGCGCCCCCUACGAGCUCUUGCCUGGAGAUGUCCUAGAGCUGCAGGAGCUCUGCGCUCAGAUCCCUCCACAGCAGUGCGGACCCGUCAUCGUCAGGUUCCGGAAGCUGGUGUCAGAGAUUGAGCCGGAGGUGCACGAGGUCCCCAAACUGUUCCGGAGCGUGCUGAGAAACUGCCUGGAGGAGCUUCAAGGAGACGCGGAGCUCCAGGACCGAGCGAACCGCUGGGAAAAGCAGCGCAGCAAGAGCCUCUCCUUCGUCACCUUCAGGUCCAAGUUCCGCACCCUGAACCGCGGAAAGGGGAGCUUCGGCGGAUCCCGAAACAACCUGCAGGAGGAAAACACAUGGUCUGAUGAAGAGGAAGAGGAAGCGGCUGAACAGGUGGCGAAAGCCAUCCGCACUCGGAAAGGACGGAGCCUCAGCAUGCCGGAGAUCACCCCGCUGGAGCAGGCGGCGCAGAGCUGAACACCUCAAACACAGAAGAAAGAAGAUACAGGAGAAAUGUACAAUGGCAAUGGAGGAAGAACAGAGAAGAGGAAACAUCUGAAAGACUUAUUGUGCUUUCAGACUGUGACUAAAUUAUUCAUACCAAAGAACACAGUGUAUAGGCAUAUGGAAGAUGCCUACAGCCUAGUCCUUUUUUUUUAACUUUCCAAUAUGUGCUUCAAUAAUUUGAAUAUUUGAAUGUGAAUAUAAAUGUGAAUAUUUGGCAUAAAUGUAAAUAUUUUUGUAAGGUUGAAGCGCACACAACCAAGAGCAUGUUCAGGUCAUGUUUCACCCCAAAAUCAAAAGAAUGUACAAUUUGUAAAUACUUGGAAUAUACAUAGUCAUAAGCACAGGAUUAUGUUGCACAUUUACACUAAGGGAAAAAAAAUCAGUAUUGU